CGUCAAUCUCCAACAUGCAAUUCUAUUGGCUAAGCGCUUCUGUGGAGCCGUGUAAGCAAGGAAAGGCUGCUGAACUUGUGUCUUCUUGGCUACAUGCUAGGAGGCGUCACCAGUAGUUGAACUUUUUACAGCCUGGGUGAACCUGCUGUCACUUCUUCUCUCAACUGGACCAUUCAGGCACAGAAAUGGCAAAACUUGGUAGGCUCGCUUCUGAGGAUGCGGUGCUCUUUCUGUGUGACAUGCAAGAGAAGUUUAGACCAAACAUCUUCCAGUUCAAUAACAUUGUCAGCAAUGCAGCCAGAUUGCUUCAGGCCAGUCGUGUCCUCGGUAUCCCCCCAAUUGUUACAGAACAGUACCCUAAAGGCUUGGGUCCCACAGUACCAGAGCUGGGAGCAGCAGACCUGAAAGCUCAUGCGAAAACUUCUUUCACCAUGAUGAUAGAGGAUGUAAAGAAGGAGCUGGAUGCCCUGGGAAACCCCAAACAGGCUAUACUGUGUGGAAUAGAGGCGCACGCCUGUAUUGCAUGUACAGCAUUUGACCUGAUUGAAAGAGGAAUGGAGGUUCAUAUCGUGGCUGACGCAGUCUCAGCCAGAAGUCAGACAGACCGUCUGUUUGCACUGUCCCGACUGAAGCAGAGCGGAGCUUUUCUCACCACCACAGAGGCCGUUCUGCUGCAGCUAGUCCAAGAUGCUAAACACCCAAAGUUCAAGCAGAUCCAGCAGCUCAUGCUCCACCCGUCACCUGACACCGGCCUCCUCGCCUUCUUCAGCGCUAUGUAGACAGAUCCUCACCAGAUAUUCUGCUCCAUAGAUACUGUACAGAAUAUGACUGCUGGCAUAAAACUGUUGAAGUGCUUCAAUAAAGUGAUGCUGCUACUUUAAA